GGCAGUGGUUCAGAGGCUGGCGCUCGUGGGCCGGGUCCUCACUGCCUGCUGCACACCAGAGCGAUCUGGUAUUCCUCGGCCUCUUCGCCAUGAAUGAUGACUCCUCGUCCUCCAGGGGCUCCUUGCCGAAGUACUUGGAGCAUCUCUCAGGGGAUGGCAAAGCCAUCGGCGUCCUGACCAGCGGCGGGGAUGCCCAAGGGUUACCAAGGCAUGGUGGAUGGAGGUUCUAAUAUUGUGGAAGCAGACUGGGAGAGUGUCUCGAGCAUUCUGCAAGUGGGUGGAACGAUUAUUGGCAGCGCCCGUUGCAAAGCCUUUCGUAGCCGAGAAGGGCGACUGAAAGCCGCCUGUAACCUGGUUCGGCUGGGCAUCACCAACCUGUGUGUGAUCGGUGGGGACGGAAGCCUCACUGGGGCCAACCUCUUUCGGGAGGAGUGGAACGGACUUCUGGAGGAGCUGGCCCGAAAUGGUGAGAUCGAUAAGGACGCAGUGCAGAAGUAUUCAUACCUCAAUGUGGUGGGCAUGGUGGGCUCCAUCGACAACGACUUCUGUGGCACAGACAUGACCAUCGGCACAGACUCAGCUCUGCACCGAAUUAUUGAAGUUGUUGACGCCAUCAUGACUACUGCCCAGAGUCACCAGAGGACCUUCGUCCUGGAGGUGAUGGGGCGACACUGUGGGUACCUGGCCUUGGUAAGUGCUUUGGCUUGUGGUGCAGACUGGGUGUUCCUUCCAGAGUCUCCACCAGAGGAAGGUUGGGAGGAAACCAUGUGCUUCAAACUUUCAGAGAACCGUGCCCGAAAAAAGAGACUGAAUAUUAUUAUUGUAGCAGAAGGAGCAAUUGAUACCCAAAACAAACCGAUCAGCUCUGAGAAAAUCAAGGAGACCCAGGAUGUACAAAAGGCAAUGGAUGAAAGGAGAUUUAAAGAUGCUGUACAGCUCCGAGGCAGGAGCUUUGAGGGAAACCUCAAGACCUACAAGCGACUUGCCAUCAAGAUGCCUGAUGACAAGAUCACCAAGAGCAAUUGCAACGUGGCUGUUAUCAAUGUGGGGGCACCAGCAGCUGGAAUGAAUGCAGCCGUCCGCUCCGCAGUGCGAGUGGGGAUCGCAGACGGCCACAAGAUGUUAGCGGUGUACGAUGGCUUCGAUGGCUUCGCCAAAGGCCAGAUCAAAGAAAUCGGCUGGGCAGAUGUUGGAGGUUGGACUGGCCAAGGAGGGUCCCUUCUUGGGACAAAACGCAUCCUACCUGGGAAGUACUUGGAGAAGAUUGCUGAACAGAUGCGCAUCCAUAAUAUCAAUGCCCUCCUGGUCAUUGGCGGAUUCGAGGCCUACCUGGGACUCCUGGAGCUGGCAGCUGCCCGGGAGAAGCACGAGGAGUUCUGUGUCCCCAUGGUCAUGGUUCCUGCCACUGUCUCCAACAAUGUGCCAGGCUCCGAUUUCAGCAUCGGGGCAGACACAGCUUUGAACACUAUCACAGAC